AUGCCUGGUCCUUACUCGAACAACCAGGAUCACCACGAUCGGUACUCUCACCACGGUGAAGCCAGCCACAUGCAUGAUUACUACAGCAGACAUGCGCCUACAAGGCCCGACUUUGCUCGAUCGCAAACAGUGCCUCGAGGUCCCAUCCCUGGUCCACUUCACCGCCCCAUGUAUCCCGAUCCCCGCGCAUCCGACCGAGGCUAUCCAGCACAUCAUGCUCCUCAUCCCACCUACACACGACACACUCACUCCUAUUACGAUGAGCGUGGCCCUCUGCCUCCCCCGCCUCUUCACCACCAUCGACACGCCCAGCACGAAGACCCUUACUAUGGCUUUGACGGACGAUCACCGACGUCUUCCAGCCCUGCUCAGCCGCAUGCGCCCUACCACUCAUACCGCUACCACCCACACGCACAGCAGCAGCAGCAUCCUGGCCAUGGAACCCCUCGACACCACCCCGCAAACGCUCAUCAGGCUUCCUUGUCGUCUGCUGCAUCUUCCUCCUCGCUUCACAGCAUGCGAGGAUCGAUGGCCAACCCAAUGGCCAUGCCCACCGCUUCGCAGCAGCAGCAGCAGCCCACCUACCGUGGUUACAUCAAGACCACCAAGGAUGCCAUCCUCCUUCUAGCUGCUUGCGAUUUGGUCCAAGAUGCAGGUGCACCUGGCUUGCCUCCUCCCCGUCGCGUCACUCGCCGAUUGCUCGACUCGGAACGUGCCGACUUGAUCUGCUCUGGCAGCAUUUUUGUAUGGGAUGAGAAGGAGGCCGGCAUGCGUCGUUGGACUGACGGCAAGUGCUGGUCUGCCAGUCGCGUCAGUGGCUGCUUCUUGACCUACCGCGAACUUGAAGCUCGUAAGAAGCCCUCUUCUUCCAUCACAGGUGGUCCCACCUCCAACCUCUACAAAGCAGAAGGUCUUAUCAAGCAGUCUUUCAGCAUGACUACCACCUCUGGCCGCAAGCUCCACGUCAUCUCCUACUGCACCAAGCGCGAUGUCCGUGAAGGUCUCCUGCGUCGUGUCAGCCAAGAUCCCCGCUUUGUUGGCGAGAACGGCGGCGAGUGGGGUCUUGAGGUGGAUGAGGCCGAGUAUCCUGACCCAAUCAGCAGAGCUGGUGACCUUGCACCCGGUCUCAACCCAGAAGUUGAUCUCGAGGGUUCGCAGUCGCCCCCUGGUCCUUCGCAUCUUGAGCUGGCUCAACACCGAAGCUCUCGAGGUGAGGUCAUUGCUCACUCGAGGGAGAACAGCUACCAUGAUCGCAAGAUGGAUGUUGCUGGUCGCUCCUACGUUGAUGCUCGUGGUCCUCCUGUUGACCGUAGUCGAGUUUCUUCGGAUUCUAGGGAUGCCCAUCAUCACACAGCUGGCUCGCGACAGAUGCCUCCCUACGGCCAUGCCAAGGCUAAGCCAACUGAGAGGCUGCCUUACCCUGCCGAGGUCACUCCUCUGCACGAAGCACGUGGUCUGCUUCCCAUCCGCCCCAUCCCCGUUGACUCCAAGUUCGCCGAUCUUCCCUUGCGCCGCUCGAGCGAUAAGUCGGUACCUGAGCUUGCACCUCACCACGCACCCCACGAUGCCGGUCAUCUCUACGGCCGCAAGCGAUCCUACCAGGAUCUCCGUGGACCUUCUUCCUUCAACCAUGAUGCAGCCAGCAAGCCCACUCGUCCUCGUCUCCAGCGCUUGAGGAGUUCCAGCCUGAGCUACCCUCACAGUGCCUCGUCUGGCUCUGGCUCUUCUGCCGCACAAGACAUGCUUGCACCUAUACGACCCCUCGGUAGAGGCGGAUCGGACGACGAAGGCGUCUCCAAGCUUCGUUCCACUCAUGGUGCCGGCGCUGGUGUGAGGGAACAAUACGAUUCAGCAGUCGGCGCAUUGCUCAGCUUGCGGAGUGGCAGCGGGUCAAGUGAUGAUUCUAGCUCGCUCAAGACUACUUCUGUUGUCACCUCCGCUCCUAGUACUGGUGGUGGUGAAGCAGAGGAUGUUUCCAGCAAGCCAGGCUUCAGUAGGAUUGAUAGGGCCGCCUUGGAUCGCUUCAGUGUUAGGAUCUAG